CGAGAAAAAAUUUAAGCGGAACCCCCACAGCCUCUCUCCUGUAUCGGCUGUAUGUAACAGGGCACAGGCGCGUGAAACAUAAUUAGGGUUUUGGUAAAUUUUGGGAAGUUUAUUAGCUUGUUUUAUUAUCGCUGCAAUUUCCUCACUUAAUAUUUACUUCCAUUCAUCCCCCCACUCUCCCUCUCUCGUGUAUCUACUAUCACAAUGAUGAUGGAUAUAUAUCGGAGCCGCUCCGUCGAAUGGAAGCCGACUCCGGUGGUGGCUCUGGCCACCAGUCCCGACGAAUCUCAAGUCGCCGCCGCUCGCGAAGACGGCUCGCUUGAGAUUUGGCUCGUUUCUCCCGGCUCCGUCGGCUGGCAUCAUCAGCUGACGAUACACGGAGAUCCUAAUUCCAGGAUUUCGUCUUUGGUUUGGUGCUGUUCCUCCGCGUCUAGUGGUCUUGAUGGACCAGGUCGAUUGUUUUCGGCUAGCAUUGAUGGUUCGGUUUCCGAGUGGGACCUUUUUGAUUUGACGCAGAAGAUUGUGGUAGACUCGAUAGGUGUCUCAAUUUGGCAGAUGGCUGCCACACCUUAUAAUCGUUUACAGAGUGAUGAGAGGGUGGAAAAUUCGGAACUACAUGAAAAUGGAGAUGGUAAAAAUAGGAUUAGUGGACAUAGUAGUGAUGAUGAUGAAAUAUCAGGCAGUGGAAGUGAAGACGAUGAUGAAGUUGAUUUACACAAGGAACCUGUUAUUGAAAAUACUAGUGUAGCUAUUGCCUGUGAUGAUGGUUGUGUGCGGAUUUAUACAAUAUCAGAUUCAGAUGACUUGGUGUACAACAGAUCGUUGCCAAGGGUCAGUGGGCGAGUCUUGAGUGUGACUUGGAGCCCUGAAGCAAAUAAGAUAUAUUCAGGGAGCAGUGAUGGGUUUAUAAGAUGCUGGGAUGCGAAAACUUCUCAUGAGAUCUACAGGAUAACGGUCGGGCUUGGAGGGUUGGGAAGUGGACAUGAACUCUGCAUAUGGUCGCUGCUUGCCCUAAGGUGUGGUUCUCUUGUUAGUGCAGAUAGCAGCGGUUCUGUUCAGUUCUGGGAUAGUCAGUUUGGUACUCUUUUGCAGGCGCAUUCUCGUCAUAAAGGUGAUGUAAACGUCCUAGCUGCAGCUCCUAGCCAUAACAGAGUGUUUUCUGCUGGUUCAGAUGGUCAGGUUAUUCUUUAUAAGCUAUCAAAAGAUGCAGUUCAACCUAUUGAUGGUGAAUCCCAUGAUAAACUUGCAAAAAAAUGGGUCUACAUUGGUUAUGUAAGAGCUCAUACCCAUGAUGUAAGGGCCUUGACGGUUGCGGUACCUAUCAGCCGAGAAGAUAUGUUGCAUGAAGAUAGCAUGAAGAGAGUUCGUGGUAGGCACAAACCCCUUGACUUUAGUUACCACAAGUGGGCUCACUUGGGUGUUCCAAUGCUUAUAUCAGCUGGUGAUGACACUAAGCUUUUUGCAUAUUCUGCCAAUGAGUUUACUCAGUUCUCUCCACAUGAUAUAUGCCCCGCACCACAAAAUCCACCCAUGCAAUUAGUGCUGAACACAGUUUUCAAUAAGACUACUUUGCUUCUGGUCCAGGCUUCUUACUGGCUAGAUAUCUUAUGUGUGCGUGCAAAAUCUGGAGGUAUCCCUGAUAGAAGUUCUGGAUCUUCUGUCGGAAUUGCAGACACAACUUUGGUUGUUAGAGUUAAAAGCAAGGCUUCUCGUAAAAUCAUUUGUAGUACCAUUUCCUACUCGGGGGAUCUUUUUGCAUAUUCCGAUCAUGAGAAGCCUAGCCUAUUCAAAUUGACAAAAAGUGAGGCUGGGAAAAGUCAGUGGGUUCUUGAAAAAUUAAAACUACCAAAAUUACCAUUUGCCCAUUCGAUGGCUUUCAGUUUUGAUUCUUCUCAACUGAUGAUAGCUGGACAUGAUAGAAUGAUAUAUGUUGUAAAUGUGGAAAGCUUGAAACUGAUGCAUACAUUUACUCCUUGUCGCAAAGAGAUAGAUAAAGAAUUGCCUCCCAGCGAGCCACCCAUUACAAGAAUGUGUACGAGCACUGAUGGGCAGUGGUUAGCAGCUAUCAACUGCUUUGGGGAUGUGUAUGUUUUUAAUCUGGAGAUUCAUAGGCAGCACUGGUUCAUAGCAAGGUUAGACGGCGCAUCGGUUACAGCUGGUGGCUUUACUCCUCGAAACAGCAACAUCCUUAUAAUAGCUACCUCUUCGAACCUGGUGUAUGCAUUUGAUGUGGAUGCCAAACAGUUGGGAGAAUGGUCUAUGCGACACACAUUUCGUAUGCCUCAGAGGUACCAAGAAUUUCCAGGAGAGGUUAUUGGGCUUUCUUUUCCACCAUCCCAAAAUUCAUCUUCUGUUAUCAUCUACAGUGCGAGGGCUAUGUGCUUGAUCGAUUUUGGAUUACCAGUUCGUGACAAUGACCAUGAAUCGGUUAAAUGUCAUGAUCCAGCAUUGAGCAAGUCACAAAGUUCUUCAAUUAAUGGAAGUUUGAAACGCAAGCUAAAAGGACGUGAUAUUGAAACUAAAAACACUGGUAGAAAGAACUUUGAAAUUUGUGGUUUUGGAGAUCCUGUUUUAUUUGUUGGUCAUAUUUCGAAAGGUUCCCUGUUGAUUGUAGAUAAACCAUGGAUGGAAGUGGUUAAAACACUCGAUGCUCCACCUUUGCAUAGAUAUCUUUAUGGUACAUAAGUCCAUGUCCAAGGGGAUAUUUCUAAUAGCAAUAGGUGGGAGUCGGGAGAGCUCAAAUAUAGCAGUCCAUCCUCCAUUUAAUGUUGUGUCCGCAAGGAUCCGAAGCAUGUUUUGUAAUGUAUUGUGUACUUCAUUAACAUGCAAAAGUAAAGCUCUUGUUGCAUUUUUCCAAUCA